AUGCCUGACCAACGGAAAUACGCUAACAAGCUAUCCAGAUCCAGGAUCCUCAUAAUCGGUGGAACCUCCGGUCUAGGAUUCGGCACAGCCGAAGCAGCUCUCGAAAACGGCGUAUCAGAGCUAAUCCUCUCCUCGUCCUCACCCACCCGCAUCGAAGCCGCAAUCACCAAGCUAAAGGACCUCUACCCAUCAUCAUCCGCAUCCAUAACAGGGCACACAUGCAAUCUGGCCGACGAAGAAAACCUCCCCGCGAAUAUCCAAGACCUAUUCAGCAAACUCGGCACACUAGACCACAUCGUCUUCACAGCAGGCGAUGCACCGCUCCUAACACCGUUCCUCGAAACCGAUUUCAAGACAGCAAAACAGGCAGGGAUGGUCCGGUUCUUUGCACCGCUUCUCGUUGCGCAGAUUGGGUAUACCCAUCUUGCGCCGGGGCCCAGGAGCUCGAUUACACUGACGGCCGGGGUUUCUGGCCAGAAGCCCAUUCCUGGGUGGACGGUGACGAGUGCGUAUCUCAGCGGGCUGCAGGGGAUGAUGAGGGGUUUGGCGUUUGAUUUGAGGCCGGUGCGGGUUAAUCUUGUAUCGCCUGGGGGUGUGGACACGGAGAUGUGGGAUGUGCUAGGGGCUGGCUCUGGGGCGAGGGAGGGGGUUGUGGAGGAGCUGGCGAGGGCGACUACAACCGGGGCUGUAGGGAGGGUGGAGGAUGUUGCAGAGGCGUACCUCUAUUGUAUGCGGGAUUGGAAUUUGUCUGGGUCGGUGAUUAGCAGUAACGGGGGUAGGUUGUUGGUGUAG